AUGCCAGAUGAAAGUCCAGUGAAAAGGAAAAUAGAAUUAGAAGAAUUAAAUGAAAAUUUAAAAAGAACAAAAUCAGUUAAUCAUGAAGAUUUAAAAUCAAUUGUUAUUCAUGAAAUUAAAAAAUUAUUUGAAGAUAGAAUUUCAAGAUUAGAAUCAAGAGUUAAAUAUUUAGAAGAUGAAUUAGAUUUAAAAGAAGAAAAUGAACCCAAAGAUUCGGAUUUAAUUAAUGAUGAUGAUAAUGAGAAUCAUGUUAGUAAUGAUAAAUUUAAUGAUAAGGAAGUAGAAGGAGAGAAUGACAUAGACGUGGAUAUACUGAGAGAUGAUGAUAAUGAAAAUAAGGGCAGUCUAAACAAUAGCAAUCAAAUCACGAAUCCUCCUGCUCUACCUCCAAGAGCUCAAUUUGGUGGAGGUAACACAUUUCAAUUUAAAGCAAAUUCAUCAACCAUUCAAAGUAACGAAACAAAAAAAAUUCCAUCAAGCAAUAAGCCAGUAUUUGGUGCCACUACAACAUUUGGGAAUAUGAACAAAACCCCAUCAAUAUCAGAUACAACCACUUCUAAACUUGAAUCAAAACAAGUACCUAUAAGUUCAAAACCUGUAUUUGGAGCAACAACAUCUUUUGGAAACAUGAACAAAAACAAUAGCAAAGAUAGUACUGAAGAUAACAACAACUCAAAAUCAUCAACACCAACUGCAUCAAUUGGAGGGUUUAGUACAUUUGGUUCAAAAUCAAGAUUUGGAAAUGCAUUUCAAGAAUCAAUAAAACAAAAAUCAUUCUUAGAUUCAGCCCCAUCAUCAUCAUCAUCAACAUCAAGUACUAAGAAAGAUAAAUCCAAAAAGGAAGGAGGAUUAGACGAAGAAGGAGAAGAAGAAGACGAAGAAGAAGAAUCAGGUAAAUCACAAAAUAAAGAUGCAUUACCAACAUCAACAGCAACUCAACAAUUUAAACAAGUAGAUUUAAAUCCAGUUGAACAAACCACAGGAGAAGAAGAUGAAAAAUCUAUAUUUAAUUGUACUGCAAAAUUAUUUGAAUUAAAAUUAACAUCAAUAGAAGAAGGUUGGAAAGAAAGAGGUAUUGGACCAUUGCAUUUAAAUCAAUCUACCAUAACUCAAAAUCAAAUUAGAUUAGUUAUGAGAUCUCAAGGACUAUUAAAAGUUAUACUAAAUUAUAAAAUUCAAAAAGAUACUGAAAUCCUAAAAGGUUUAGAAGCAAGUUUAAAUCCAGGGAAAUAUUUAAGACUUAAUUCUAUAUCAGAUGGUAAACCAAUUCAAUAUUUAUUAAAAUUUAGCAAUGAACGAAUAAGAGAUGAAUUGAUUGAUAAUAUUGAACAGUUGCAAAAUGAAAUAUAA